AUGGCUAAGGAUAAUGACAAUUCCGCCGCAAAUCCCCCCCAAUCAAAAAGGCCGCCCGUCAACCGCCAUGACAGCGAUUCUCAAGUCAGCGACCAUGCAUCCCACCAACACCACCGAUCUAAACCCCAAAAACACGUUGUAGGAGCCACUGGACGCUUUCACCCUCGCGUACCAUCGUCUAAAACAUUACACAAAUCCACUUCUAAACUGAUACGACGGCCUUCUUCUCCCUCUCCCGAGCGCGCGCCUGUAGCCGCCCAAUCACACCGUAACUCCAAUUCAGAUGUUAAACUGCAGCAAGACCCGUCAUCCUCUAAUCUCAACAAGAAUCCCUCGCAGUCGAGUUUGAAGCGUAACCGUUCGCAUGUCGAAAUAGGAAAGCGACCCAAAUCCACAACAAGCAUUAAGCGAUCUUCGUCCCACAAGGACGUUAAUAAGCUAAAAGGCGCAAAGAACCAAGUCCAUUUCGAUCUCGGUAGCGAACAAGAAGACGAGUGGGUUGAUGCAAGCACAUCCGCAUCGCCAUAUUUGUCAAGACGCGGCUCGGCUGUUAGUAGCGAAGGAAAAGCGCCGCACAGCCGCGAUAAUUCACGACCUCAAACUCCCCACGAAGAUAUAUCAAUUCAAAAAAGGGAAUCUUCGCCGCGUCGCGAAACUGCCCAGCACAACCAAUAUUUAACUUCGCGACUAUUACAACGUACACCCUCUUCUGGUGCUCCGCCCCAGAUGUCCACUGAGACCGUAUCCGUGCGCCAUCAAUCGGGCUCGCCCGAGUCCCAACUUAGCCACGGCCAAACGAGCCUGUACGGGACGCCCAAGAAUACCGCCGUGGUAGGCAGUGGGCAGGAAGAACUAAUUUCUCGCUUUGUUAACGGUUCCGGUCCCGGCUCUGGGCCAAAUGUUGAGAAUGGGGGUUUCUAUCCGCCAACGCGAAAUCCGAGCCACCGUCCUGAGGGUGUACGGCGGCCUCAGUCACUUGGUAACCUAAACCAAAACUAUCGAAUCUCGAUAAGCGACGAUGAGACCGACAGUGCUUUAGCUCCUCGGACAAGAAAGACUGUGUAUAAACCUGCGCCAGCGGAAAAAUCGCGGACGCAGCAAAAACUGAACCUCCAAAGAGCGAGCUCAUCUAUCGAACCAUCGCAACCGGUCGGCGGCGUUGGGGUUGUGGGCGUAGGCGUAGGCCCCUUAGCUAGCGGUUAUAGCUACGACAACCGGGAUCCGCGCAUGGGCAAGCUACUUGAGCGGACGGGUAUGGAGUACCUUGUGGUUAGGCGAUAUCAGAAUCCGAUCGCGCGUUCAAUAGCGAGGUUAUCGCAUCUACCCAGCGCAAAAAAGAAUCAGCAUAUACCUAAUCAGAACGGAAGCAACGGAACAGCAAACGGGAAAAGAACAUCAGGCCUAGGUGGCGCAAGCCGUCUUGGCUUAAGUCAGAGUCUUACGGAUCGGGCGAAAUCGAGACCUACGACGCCGUCACAAGGAACAUCGAUACGAUUGAACGGGGCGAAUUCUGGGUUUGAGGGUGAUGAGGAAAGAAUCCACGAGCGGAUAAGCGAGUCUAGUUACGCAGAUGGGGAAGAUGACGGCGUCGCAGGCAUCCUGCGGAAUCUCUGGGACAAGAGCAUGGAUCUUAGCGCGAGUCAGGACUGA